UUUAAAGGUGUAUCCUUUUAACAAGAUCGAGCGUUUUUCGAAAAUCCCACUGGCUGUACAACCUUACGCUCUUUAGCACCUCCAAAGUCGACAAUAACCAACUUGACUCUAUCACUCAGGAUUUUUUUAUAUUGACCCAUCUUACAAUGUUUUACGCCGCCAAAGCCAGGCCAACUUUGUUCUCAUCAGUCCUCGGAUUUCUGUUGAUAUGUUUGAUGAAUCGUAAGAUCCUGGUGCAUUCACAAGUAACGACUCCGGCGACACACGCCACUUCUUACGCCCCUUAUCGAGUUCAAUGUCCAACCGAGAAGCAGCUAUUGAGGAUGUCAGGCUCUGCGACGACUAACAGUCAAACGUUAUCACAAGAAGAGCAAUCUUUUCGCAAUGGGCGUGGAUCGGUCACAAGCCCACUUUGGCGAGAGUUUUUCACCAACGGACCUGGCAAAAACACUGGUUAUCAAAACACGGCACUGAUGGCCCAAAACCAAAUGAAUUGGCCUGUACUCGGGAUCGCACAUUCCGGUGGCGGUGAGCGGGCGACUUUGUACGGAGCUGGAGUAUUGAAUGCACUUGAUUCAGGGACCAUUUCAAGUCCAAUCCGAGGAGUGUAUCAAUUAGCAUCGUAUUCCACAGGCCUCAGUGGGGGAAGCUGGUUAAUCGCCUCAAUGACUGCACACAACUACCCCACAGUAUCCAGUUUGCUCUCCAGGCUGAAAAUAGAAAUUGAUAUUAUUCUACCCGGAGGGUCUUUUCAAAACAGCUGGCAAUUCUUCCAAAAUAUAUCGAUUAUUGUUCUCCAGAAGAAAAUUGCUGGCUUCAAGACUUCGUUGAUAGACUUUUGGGGUAUAGCCCUUGGGCAGCACUUCUUGCCUGCGGUGUCAACUGAUGACUUUUACUCGACCUCCUUUAGCACUCCGCGUGGUGCCGGGAUGCUUUUGUCUGGCUUGCGCAGCACAUCAGCCCUUCGGGAGUUUCAGAAACCGCUGCCAAUAAUUAUCAGUAAUCACAUGCCACCGAACAAUACCAACGACACGGUUAACCCAAACAAACUUCCGAUUCAGGGAACUACAUACAUCCCCCUUUCGGCUCCCAUAUAUGAAUAUUCUCCAUUCGAAUUUGGAAGCUUCGACCCCCAAUUAAGCGCGUUUAUCCCUACUGAAUACCUGGGAACUUCUCUUGAAUCAGGAAACCCAAUUGACUCUUCAGGGGGCGACUUCUUAUCCUUCCUGUCUGGUGCAGCCUCAGGAAACAAGUGCGUCCGCGGUUUUGAUCAAAUGAGCUUUAUUAUGGGAAGCUCAGCGGCAGUCUGUAACACUUUGCUCAGCGGCGGUGCAUCAGAUUUCCCUGCACGUUAUGCUGCGGUGAUAAACUACUUGACCAAUAGCAUUGGAGAUCCUGAACCGUUGUUGGCCCAUUAUCCUAACCCCUUUAAGGGUGUGAAUGGUCCGAUGGGAUUUGACCGAGCAAACUCUGAUGAGUUGCUAAUUGUAGACGGCGGCGAGAAUGGGGAGAACAUACCUCUCAAUCCAUUGUUAGCUCCGGCAAGAAACGUUGAUGUUAUCAUGGCCCUAGACGCGUCGGCUGACACCGCUUCAAAUUAUCCCAAUGGAGCAUCCAUGAUUAACACCUGGCUCCGAACCCACAGAGUUUUUCCUUCGAACGCCGCCAGUUUUCCUCCCGUCCCAUUGCAGCCCCAAACGUGGAUUAACAAAGGAUUCACCACCCGACCCACUUUUUUUGGCUGUAACGCGUCAAGCACCCAAGGGAAUGGCGGUUAUCCUUUGAUCGUUUAUCUACCCAACAGUCCACUUUCCUCUUCCCCAACUAACUCAUCGACUUUCCAACUGCAAUACUCUACCAAGGAGAGGGACGCAUUUGUGCACUCGGUAACGAAUUCAACAGCAUACCCUCUUUUUGGACCGAAGAAGACAGUGGAUAACGAAUGGCCAACCUGCUUGUCCUGUGCACUCAUUGAUCGUUCACGAAACCGUCUGAAUGUCACUCGAUCGGCCGCUUGCAAAAAAUGCUUUGCGCGGUACUGCUAUCAAGAUGGUGUUCUUCAACCCACCAGCCAAUGACUCCGGUCUUUCAUAUCUUCGCCCAGGCUCAAUCCAACUUCCGCGCAGAUGAAUUCACUGCAAUAUAUCGCAACUCAUUAACGAGCGUCAUAGUUUAUUUACCAUUGACGAUUUUUUUUAUUCCUAUGAAUCGAAUGUAUAUAUAAGUUGAUCCACACACGCCGUGUGCGGCUUUCCAAAACACCACUCUUUCAUUACCGACUUUUAUCCGCAAGCGUUUCAAUCUGAUUCCUGUGGGUCUAUAAACCAUCGGUUAUGCCGCUGAAUGUUGAUGUCACUGUUAGAAAUCUGAUAAAUGCCCAAGUGGGGGUAAUCUCCAUUGCUUCCAUUUCUCCAUUUUCUGCUCCACAGGCCAGUCGGGCCCUCUAGCCAUUGUUUUCUUCCAUUCUCUCAUUUCCAAUACAAACACGACUGGCUCUGAGAUCCUAUUUGCCGGACCGGAUUUUCCUAGAGCAAAUCCCUGAGCAUAGAGCUCUUCUUAAGUUCUUC